AUGGCAGAUAUCGCAACACCUGCCGCUGCCGCAUUGUCUACAAUAGAUGCCGGCUCAGAGCCAACUCAGAAGCCCCAAAAAACGAAGCCGGAAAAGCCAGAUGAACUGAAAUACAAAGAGAGUCUUGGAAAGGCACAGAAGGAGCAUGCAGCUGCACAAGAAAAAGUGGAUGCCAUCAAGGCCAAGAUCGAUCUCGCUCAACCUCAAAAUAAGGACUCCCCCUCCGGUAAAAGGCAGCAGGAGCUCAAAACGGAACUACAAAAUAUACGACAGCAACAGUCUGGCUUCAAAUCGUCUCGCGGUGGUAUACAAGAGAAGAUUGCAGGUCUUGAUGCUCGGUUGAAGUCUCAAAUUGCAGAACAGAAGACGAAGCGAAGCCAAGUGUCUUGGAAAAACACCGCAGACAUCGAUCAAGAGAUACAACGCCAGGAGAAGGUAGCGGAGUCAAGCAACGCAACGUUGGUCGAUCAGAAGAAAGCUAUAGCACAGAUCUCGAGCCUCCGGAAGCAGAAGAAAGCCUUUGGUGGUUUCGAUGAAGCCCAAAGAGGUAUAGAUAAAGUCAAGGCGGAUAUCGCAGAGCUCAGGAAGCAAUUAGACAACCCAGAGGCCAAAGCGUUAAGUCAAAGAUACGACGAGGCAGACCGGGAGCUGAAGGCUAUCAAAGCUGAGCAGGACGAAGCGUACAAAGGGUUGAAUUCGCUUCGGGAUGAGCGAAGUAAGGCAUAUGCGGAACAGCAAGAGAAAUGGGCCGCGAUGAAAGACAUCAAAGACCAGUACUUCAAGGCGAACAAGUCAUAUCGAGACUGGGACCAAGAGCAGUACAGGAUAAGACAAGAAAAGCAGAAGGCUGAGCGGGAUGCAUACCAGAAAGAAAAGCGGAGAAAGAUCGCGGACAAGAAAUUAGAAGAGGCCAGUGAGCCUGCCUAUAUGGAUGAGAUACUGACAGCGGAGGGCUUGAUGCGCUACUUCGACCCGUCAUCACCUGAAGCAUCGAAAUCGCUACGAGGUCCCAGCGGGUUUGCGGCCGAGGCACAGAGAAGCGUGGAUGCGAAUUCCGACUUCAAGGGGACGAGAAUAUCCAAGAAGGAGGAUCGCGAGGAUACCUACUUUAUGGGGACCGGUGGCAAGAAGGGCAAGAAGGGCAAGAAGGGAAGCGUUGCUGGCUCGCCUGCACCUGGGACGCCUACGGAGGGCAAAUUCAAUCUGAGCAUUGGCAUCAUUGAAGAGCUCGCCAAGGUCAAUAUAGAGCCGCCGAUGAGCCAGGCCGGUGUGCCUAGUGUCGUUGAGAAGCUCAAGGAGAAAAGGGAUCAUUGGAAGAAAGACCAAGAAAGGAAGACUAAGGAGAACGUUGAAAAGGCGCAGAAAGAGAUCGACCGUCUCGAAGCUGAAGCUAAAGAACCCCAGCAUUCGACUCCCAGCCGGCGAACCCACGAUCAGGCCAGGAAGCCUGCUACAGCCAACCACUCGGUUAAUGGUACUGCAUCUGCUGAGACAGAGCUUGCGCAAGAAAAAGACGCUGCGGCCGAUGUGACUGAGGAUCUUGAGAAGGCUUCCGUUGAGGAUAAGCAAUAG